AUGAAUAAAAGACACCAAAAAACAUCCUCCACUCCAUCAACCGCGAGCAUCAUUUCAAGCAGCCGCUUUUUAGAAGGACUAGUUCAAAGUCGAGCGGCCCUUACAUCACGAGAUUUUCAACUCCCUUCAAACGACAGCAGAGUGUAUCAACAAAUUUCAGUUCUUGACACUCUUGAGGACGAAGAGAUCCCAAAGCCCCAAGAUAUUGAUAUAAUCUACAAGUCUAAACUGAAUCAUGAAAGAACCAAACGAAAAAUAAAGAAAAAACAAAAAAUUCUUGAUGAAUUAGAUGUCAAUGAGACUGUCGGCGAAGAAGGAACAGCCCAAAGCAUCCGAAGUCCUGUAGUAAAGCGAGGAAGGUCAUGCGAAUCAAUAAGGAUCCAUAAAGGAGAAGAUAAGUUACACAUCCCAAAUCGACCGAAAUUAAUAGGAAAAGAUCUGGAAAUUGAUAAACAAAUGACUUGAAAUUUUAAUAGCAGAAUUGAAGAGCUUGAAAAAGUUUUAAAAGAAAAAAAUUUAACACUGAAGGCGGUUGAGCUUGAACUUCAAGUUAAAGAGGAAAUUUUGAAUAAUCAAACACAACAAUUAAAGUCUCAGAAAAAAAUCAUUGAAUUACUUCAAAGCAAGCUAAAAACUGCUCAAAUUGAAAAUAACGAAUUAGAAAAUAUAACGAUGAAAUAUGAGAUUUCUGAACAAAACAGAUUUUUAUUAGUUCAAGAUCUAGGAAAUGCAAAUGAAACAAUUAGAAAGCUUCAAGAGAAGCUAGAAAACUAUGAGCUCUUAAAAGAAGACCAAAAUAGUCAAACCAUACAUGAGCUUUCAUCGUUAAUUUUAUCAAGAAACAGUCGUAAAUCUUUUGGAAAUAAACUCCAAGAAGCUUUUAUAGCAAAAUUCCAUAGCCUUGAAAAUGAGCGCGAAGAAGCUAUAGAAAAAUACAAAGAAACCAUCAACAAAAAUAUCACUCUGUUAUCAGAAUUGAGAUCAUCUGAUGAAUUUAUUUUAUAUGUUUCUGAAUUAUUGGAGAGUGGGAAUAUUGAAGAGGCAAGUUUUAAUUUAAAAAACAUGCAAGAAUUUGUAAAUAAUAGAAUAGAAUCUGUCCAGUUAGAAAUUGAAGAAAAUGAAGCAUUAUUAAGCGCAGAACAGCCAGUAGAAAGAUCCUAUUGCACGUCAAUAAGCUACGCUACAAACUCACGAAUUUUAAGUGCACUGGAAUCUCCAGUGGACAGAAGCAAAUCAAUUUUUAAUAACAUUUUGCCAGACAUUGACGAAAAAACAGAUAAUUCAGAUAUUUUAAACCAGCUUGAGCAAAAACUAGAACUCGUUGAAAUGAAGGAACACAUUAAUGCUACAAAGGAUUGGCUAAACUAUGUUCAAUGCCAAGCUGCAGCUUUAGAACAAUUUUUGGAUAAUUAA